GCUGCACUUUCUGUCAGUGCAGUUAGGACACUUUGCACACUUCACACAGUUUAACACACACACACACACAGACACACACACAGAGUGAGUGAGAGCUGUUGAUGAAGAUGAAGGAGCUGCUCCUCUUCCUCUCCUGUGUCCUCGGUGUCUCUGCUGAUGGUCUGCACAGUGAUGUUGCUCUCCUUGGCUGUUCAGACUUUGAUGGAGAGGACAUGUAUGCACUGGAUGGUGAAGAGCUUUGGUACGCAGACUUCAACAAACACACAGGAGUCGAACCUCAGCCACCUUUUGUUGAUCAUAUGAGCUACCAGGAAGGAACUUAUGACACAGCUGUGGCUAAUCAACAGAUCUGCAGAAGCAACCUGAAGAUUGUUCGUGCAGCGAUGAAGGAUUUCCCUACAAAACACAUUGUUCCUUCAGGUGUGAUGAUCUACACCAGAGAUGAGGUGGAGCCUGGACUCCAGAACACUCUGAUCUGUCAUGUGACCGGUUUCUAUCCUGCUCCUGUCAACGUCUCCUGGACCAAGAACGGAGAGAAGGUGACUGAAGGAACCAGCAUCAAUGUUCCCUAUGUCAGCAAAGAUCUGGGGACCUUCACCCAGAUCUCCAGACUGCAGUUCACCCCACAGCUGGGAGACGUCUACAGCUGUACAGUGGAACAUCUGGCUCUGACUCAGCCAACCACCAAGAUCUAUGAUGUGGAGGCGUCUCAGUCUGCUCCUGGUGUUGGACCUGCAGUGUUCUGUGGAGUGGGUCUGACUGUGGGUCUGCUCGGAGUGGCUGCUGGAACCUUCUUCCUCAUCAAAGGAAACGAGUGCAGCUGAUUGGCUCACAGUGAUGAUGUCAGCAGUGGUUAUAUAAUGAGCUCUUAAUCAGUGAUUGUAAUAAAGUUGUGUUACUUUUUGCUGUCUCUAAGUGUACAGAAAGUUCACCUGUCAGUGAUCCUCAGAGGCUGAUUCCUCUGUUCUCUCUCCUACCUGUUCACCUGUUCACCUGUUUCACCUGAGCUGCUUCACAGGUGUGAGCUGACUUUCUGUCUGUGAUCAAUAAAGUUUCUCUGUGGAGUUCAAACUCAAAGCAAACAGGAAGAAUCAGUUUGAACUGCUGUGAUUUACUGAUGUUACAGAUACUUGUGUUAAUAAAUACUCUGGUAAAAGUUCAA